UUGUUAAUGUCACGAGAUUUAUGAAAAAACACCAGUAUAACUUUAUUCUUUAUUUUCUAUCCUACCACCAAAUUAUUGGAUUGUAUUAUGUAAUUGAUAACAACUAGAUUUGUUGUAACAUGAGCGCACUAUCAUUCAUAAAGUCGACAAAGGGCAAGGUUAUCUUGGCUACAGUGGCUGCACUUCACAUCACGAUCUACGUAGCCAAACCUUCGUAUUUCAAAGACGAGAGUAAUUCACAAGCAUUGGAUUCGCGGCCUAAAUACAUGCCGGAUAAAUAAUUACAGUGACCUUCUAGUUACUUAGUAUUUAUUUGCAAAAAAUAAAUAGGAAAUUGAUUUAGUAUAGUAUACCUAUUAUGUUUCUCUAAUGGUCUAUAAAGGCAUUGUACGAUUGUCAUCGAGGUUAAUUUGUAGCCGGAGUUUAACAAGAAAAAUGAGUUCAGGAAGACCAGUCGUUUAUAUUACUCGCAGCGAUAUGCCAAAAUGUGGCGUCGAAUUACUAAAGAAAGAGUGUGAUGUAAGGUCAUGGCCUAAACCAUCACCAGUACCACGAGAAGAAUUCCUCAAACAAGUAUCAAGUGCAGCUGGCAUCUAUUGUUCCCUCACUGACAAAAUUGACAAAGAUAUCCUCGACUCCGCAGGACCCAACCUGAAGGUAGUAGCGACUAUCUCUGUCGGAUACGACCACAUUGAUGUGCAAGAGUGCAAGAAAAGAGGCAUUAAAGUUGGUUACACACCUGAUGUACUAACUGAUGCUACAGCUGAACUUACAUUGGCCCUUCUGCUAUCAACGUCACGCCGAUUACCGGAGGCUCAACACGAAGCAAGAACCGGUGGGUGGGUAUCAUGGGCACCAACAUGGAUGACAGGGCCAGGUUUGGCUGGUGCCACUGUCGGUAUCGUAGGUUUCGGAAGAAUCGGCCAAGCAGUCGCAAGAAGAGUGAAAGCUUUCAAUACAUCUAGAAUUCUUUACUGGAAUAGAAGUGUGAGAUCAGAAGCCAAAGAAGUCGAUGCAAUCAAAGUUGAUUUUGAUGAUCUACUAGCUGAAAGUGACUUUGUGAUAUGUUGUGCAGCAUUAGUCCCGGAAACUAAAGAGAUAUUCAAUAAAUCAGCAUUUGAGAAAAUGAAGAAUUCAGCUGUAUUUGUAAACACCAGCCGUGGUGGUACAGUUGAUCAAAAUGCUUUGAUUGAAGCUCUAAAAAAUAAUACGAUAAGGGCAGCUGGACUGGAUGUAACUACCCCUGAACCUUUACCUUUAGACAGUCCAUUAUUUAAGUUGAAGAACUGUGUUGUACUGCCACACAUCGGAAGUGCCUCUAUUGAAGCUAGAAACGUAAUGAGUGAAUUGACAGCUAAGAAUAUAUUAGCUGCUAUACAAGGCACUGAAAUGCCAGCUGAAUUAAAAUGAAACUGCCGAUAUAGGGUAAUUCUAUAUAUGUAUAUAAAUAUUAUUUAUAUAAGCAAUGUUAUUAUUGAAAUGGAUACUUAACAUAUGUAUAUUGGAUUUCUUAUAAAAAAAAUAUAUAUAUUCUUGUUUACAUUGUUGUUAUUAAAUCAUUUGUCUAUUUUAUAAUAUACAAAGAAAUAAAUAAUAAAAAUCCUACUUUACAUCCAUUACAAAUUCAAUACAUAUUGUUCACUCUUAAAAUUUUACACUCAACAUUUUUCCCAUCUGAAUUUUAUUAUUUAUCCAAUACCAGGAAAGCCAAUAAAUGAACCUGGCCAGGAUAACUUACAACUCUAAUAUCUACAUCAGUAAAAAUGUGGUAAUAUAUUUGUUAAAAGUCAGUCUGACUUGAUGAAAUGAGGAGCUGACAACCUAAUUUGAAACUAUAGGGGAAAUAAUAUUUCAUAAAACUUGCAACAAGCAAAUGGCAUGUAUGAUAUGUAUUAUUGAAUUUGCAAUACCUCUUGUUUUAUAAUACAUUGUCACAUUUAUUCCUAUAGUAACUGAAAAGCAUGUAACACACAUAUAUUUCUCA